AUGGAUACACCUAGAUACAGGAGAAGCGGAGAAAGUGAUAAAAGUGGUGGUGAUUGGGAAUGGGAGAAUUUUUAUUUGAUGUUUUUCAGAGAAGCCAAAAAACUAUUCGAAGAAGAAUAG